AGAAGCUGAGAACAUGGAGAGAGAGAAGUUUCAGCAGAAGGCUCUGAAGCAAACUAAGCAGAAGAAAUCCAAGUCGGCUGAAUUUCUGAUGGUUAAACAAGAUAGAGAAGCUACAGAAGGCGUUGGAAAUCCAGUUUUUAACAUGAGCAGUCCAGAUCUCUCAGCAUGUCAGACUGCAGAAAAGAAAGUUAUUAGACAUGACAUGCCGGAUCGCACCCUUGCAGCUCACCAACAAAAAUUCAGGCUGCUAGCCUCUGCAGAACCAAAAGGAAAUGAAUACAGCAGAAAUUACUUUGACCCACUGAUGGAUGAGGAAAUAAACCCAAGGCAGUGUGCGAUGGAGGUCAGCAGAGAAGUUUGUCUAAUGGCUAAAGGAGAGAAAGCAGAAUCAAGAGUGGAUGAUACAGCUGGCCUUUCAGAAAAAGAAGCAGAGAAGAACCCCUGUGCAUCAGUGGAUGAGGAAGAAGGUAAAUCCUCAGUACAUUUUUCUCAGGGGAGCAUUCCUAAUAAAAUUGGUCCCUGUUCUAUGGACUGUGAUCCCAAGCUCUUAAAAGAAGACGAUGAUCUACACUGUCAGGGAGAUAGCCUGACUGAUCAUUCUGUGAAAGAAAAAUCAACUAAUUGGAGAACUGGAGAAGCAGAAGAUUAUUCACAGGACAUGUCUUACUUGGAGGAACUGGAGGAACACCGAUCUUCUGUUUGCUGUUCUUCAGUUGCUGGUAGUAGAUCUGCAGACUUCUUCAAGCAUCUCCAUUUUGUGCUGGUGUCAGUGUCUUCAGAGCUUCAGUUAUCUCAAUGGCAAAGUCAGGGCUUCUGGUACAUUAUCCCGCUGAUGGUUUCUCUCUGGUUCCUGAGGCUCUACCUGCAUUACCUGGGCCAGUGUCUCUUCCUCCAGGCCAUUUCAGCUCCUGUUACAAGAUUCCAUUUUUCCCCUCACACCAUUGAGCUUUGCUACCCCACUUCUUCACUUCACAUUGAAGAAGAGCUUGCUGUGGUUGUGGUGGGGCCUUUAAUGCUGAAUGCAAUCCUACUUCUUUCGGUUCUGAUCAGAUGGGGCUGUCAGCUACUGUUUGCCUCCUGUCCUGAUGUCUUGUCAAAGUUAAUCAUUACCAUGGGACUAUGGACAGUUCUAGACCCAUUGGCAGUGUUUAUAGUGGAUACUCUCCUAGGGGCAUCCCGAAACUACGGCCUGUGGGCCGCAUGCGGCCCCCUGAGGCCAUUUAUCCGGCCCCCUGCCACACUUCAGGAAGGGGCACCUCUUUCAUUGGUGGUCAGUGAGAGGAGCACAGUGUGUGGUGGCCCUCCGACAGGUCUGAGGGACAGUGAACUGGCCCCCUGUUGGCUUACAGAUAAUGAGGAGACGCCAGUGGCAGAUGCUGUGAAGCUCUACUGGAUGUUUGUAAGAACCAUGCAGCCAGGCAUUCUUGGCGUGGUGAUCACGGCUCUGCUUUACAUCUUCCUGUUCAUCAUUUCUUCUUUGAUUUUAUAUGUAUAUUGUCUCAGCACAGGCGUCCCCGAACUACGGCUCGUGGGCCGCAUGCGGCCCCCUGAGGCCAUUUAUCCGCCCCCCGCUGCACUUCAGGAAGGGGCACCUCUUUCAUUGGUGGUCAGUGAGAGGAGCACAGUGUGUGGCGGCCCUCCAACGGUCUGA